UUUGAUUUUACUAACAAAUACGAAUUGGCGGCAAAUGGCGUAAAAAGGACUUGCAUGUAACUGGGGUGGAUCAUCUGUGGCUCAUUUUGAUAGGUCCAACUACUAAUUUGAAAUGAACAACCAGGGAGCCAAAUAUAAAUUAAGCCCAAAGGGAAGAAGAAAGUUAGGCUAUCCUUCAAAAACUCUCAAGUCUAAUGUGAAACUGCCUUUGAUUGGAAAGACCAUUUACCUAGAUGUUAAAGAAAGCAAACAUUUAAAACAAUUGAGAGAAGACUUAAAGAAACUUGGAGCUACUCUUGAAGAUUUUGUCAGCCGUGAUAUAAAUUACCUGAUAACAAGUCAGCCACGCCCAAAGAAGAAAGUUGCCAAUGCCUGUGCAGAUGAAAGUCCAACUCCAAGUCCCUUUAACUGUGACCCUUCACCUUCGCCAGGUUUCAAGGAGGACAAGAAAGUCGCUUCAGUAACCAGAGGGAAGGCUCUUUUAGAGAAAGCAAGAUAUACAAAACAGGCUAGCACUUUGCUUGAUAAUGCUGAGAAAUGGGGUGUGAAGAUUGUCAGUAUUGAAGGAGCAAUCAAAUGGAUUGAAAUAGAACUGAAAAAAUUACCAAAGUCUUCCAGACAAACAUUAAAGAAAAACAUCAAGUCAAAAUGUGUAUCUUCAUACAAAUUGUUAAAGGCACCAUAUGUGAAGCUGGAAACAGACAACUUUUGUUACCGACCAUUUCAUAUGGAACUUGAUGUAUGGCCAAGAUUGAAUGUUGAUACACCAAAAGGCUCUUGUCCAUUUGAUGGCACUCUUAUAAAAGGUGGCGAUGAGUCACGCGAGGAACGAGGGGAGUUGCUGGCAGCACAAGUGGAUAUACCUAGUGAAGACACGCCACAAGAGGAAAAAGAUGUGUGUGAUUCUGCUGACAGUACAACUAAACCGUUAGUAGAUAAAAGUGUGAAAAAAUCAGAGUCUGAUGUUGGUGCAGGGAGAAUCCUUACAGCUGGAGAGUUAAAGAGACGGAAAGAACUAAAAAGGAAGCAGGAAAGGAAGAGAGGAUAUUGCGAAUGUUGUCAUGUCAAAUAUGAAGAUUUAGAUAAGCAUGUACUGGAAGAACAACAUAGACAGUAUGUAAAGACAAAGACUAAUUAUAACAAGUUGGAUUCACUGAUUCAAUCAGGACCAAAUACACAGCAUUUCUUGUUUGAAUACUUGACAAAAGCUGCACAUCUUAGAAACUCUGUACUUGACAGGGAAAAUAGUGUAAGAAGAUCUCCUAGGAAGACUGUUCCAGAUUCUAAUAGAAUUAUCAACUCCCCAUGUAAACCACAGAAGCAGUCCAUAAUGUCAUCGCCAAAAAAGUGCUUGCCAUUAAAGACUGGUUCAUCUGUUGCUAGGGAAUCUGUAAGAGUAUCACCUAGAAAAAAUCAACAAACUUUAAAAAAUGAUGAAUCAGUCAAUGUAUCUAAAACACCAGAUGUACUGAAAACAAAAGACAGUGAAAUUAGAAAAACGCCAACAAAACGUCAUACUGAUACAGGGGUAAAAUCUCCUAAUUUAAAGAUUAGAAAUAAAGAAGAUGGAAAUGGUUGUAGAAGUCCAAGGUUGAGACAGUCUGUAGGAAUACAAAAAGUAAACAACACAGAGAUGAAUACCAUGAAACGUGAAGAAAUGAAUAAGGAUGUGUCAAAAAUAAAUGAAAGUAACAAAAUGUCAUCUCCAAGAAAAUCAUUGAAUGAAAGAUUUGCUAUUGAAACUAAAGAGGCUUGGGAAAAUAUAAGAGUCAGUGAUGAAAUAAAUAAGGAAAAUAUUUCACCUUGUAAGCAAAAAUUGGAUACAAUUGAAAAAUCUAAGAAAAAAUCUAGUAAUCCUGAUGAGAAACAGAAAUGCGUUGAUAUUGAGGAAGUACAAAAUAUUGUUAAUGUGAGCAAUAAAAGUCCCAUAAAAUGUGCUGAAAAAGCAUUGAAGAAUGUUGAAGAGUGUAAAAAAAAGAUGACUGUUGAAUCUGUUGAUGAUUCUGAUAAAGAUACUUUGUUGGAAGACUUGGUAGUGGAUGAUUAUAAAUUGAUUAAAUUUGGUUUUGCAGAAAUAGUUAAUUUUGGUAAGAAAAGGACUGCUGUUGAACAAUCGAGUGAUGAUUUUGAAAUUUGUUUUGCAAGAAGUUUAGAUGGACCUUUACCAAUGCCUAAAGUUUCAAAUGAGGAAGCUCUUGAUAAGACUUUUGAUCAACUCUGUGAAAAAACACAGUCUGUGAGGAAGUCAAAGAAAGCAAACAGAGAUGUUGAUAAUAACGCACUUUCUAAUUCACCUCGGCAAGAAAACAAGAAGAAAGACAAAUGUUCGAAAAGAGAAAUAACGCAAAAUAGCACAGAAGUCAAAGUUACAAAAGAAACUGAAAAGAAAAGAGAGAGAAAAGUUAAGGAUGUGUUUGAUAUUGAUGUUGACUCGGAUAUUCCAUCAGAUUUCCAGUGCUAUGACGAAAGAGGCAAUGUUAUAACAUUCUGUAAAACACUUGCUGAGAGGAUUAAAGAAAGAUCACUGGGUAGAAGAUCUUCAGUAGAGUCCUACAAUGUCAAUGCCCUAUUUCGACUUCCAUCUAGAUCCAGGAGUAAUUCCUUCAGUAGCAACCAGUCAGAUCCACUGACUGUCAAAGGACAAAAUGAAAAAUUGAAGAAAGGUAUUGAAAAAAAGAAGACUGGAAGUAGCAUAGCAAGUUCCAAGGUCUUAAACAAGUAUCGUAAAAAAAGAUUUGGAAAGGUCCAAAAUGAGAAUGUUCUGAAUGGUUACCAAGGGGAUGAUGAAAAUGAAAAAACUCCACAGCUUAAACAGAUUAAACCAAGUAAAAAGAAAGCAGGGAAUAGAUUUUGGCAUUAUAAACCGAUUGUAGAAAGUAAAAAAAGUCCAAUACGCAAUGAGAAGCUUACAGGUUUACGAAAAGAAUUGAAGGAAUUAGAAGCCGCAAGUUCUUGGUUUGAAACUGAUGUUUCUGAUUCAGAUUCACAAAGGUCAAGAAGGAACUCUAAGAUAAGGGAUGCUAAAUUGACAUCUAAAAUGGUUAAUGAUGAGAAGCAUAAAAGCAAUGAGGGAAAAAGAAAUUGUAGCAAACCAAAUCAAACAAAUGAAAAUCUGGAGCAAGUCCAGGAAACAAGUACUGGUAAGAGAGAAAAAGGAGGUAGGAGUAAUAAAUUCUGGUAUUAUGUUACUGAAGUUGUAGAGACCAAUAUUGACCAGAAUGAACAAGAAAAUGAACCUUCGACGAAAGAACUGCCUGAUGAUAAAUAUAUUUCCACAAAUGACUUUAACAGUACCAGGAAAACAAAGAAAACUAAGAAAACUAAGAACAGUUCUGAAGCAAUCUGUAAUGUUUCAAUGGAAAAUAACACUUUACAAGGGGAAAGUUAUCUUCCCAUUCCAAAUGAAUUAAUAGAUUCAUGGAAUACUGGUGAAUUAUUAGACAGAUCUCAAAGGAGGAAAAGUGAGAAGACAUAUGUAGAUACUGAUACAGACUACAUUAGUGAUAAUGAUGAUCUUGGUGAACAAACAACAAAGAUUUCCCAAAUUAAUGUAGAAGAAUCUGUUAAUGAAAAUGGUAAGUGUGAAAAGGAGUCGAGAAGUUCUAAAUCAAAGAAACCUAGCAGAUUUUGGGAAUUUGUACCUGUUGAAGAAUGUAAAACAAUGUUAGAUAGUGGCAAUAUUCCUAACAUAUUGAGAGAUUCCUGGAAUACAGGAGGUAUGUUAGACAGGCAGGAAAGGAGAAAAGGUAGAAAGUUGGAAAUCAGUUCAACCAAAUCUUAUGUUGGAAGAGAAGUUCAAAACAGGGAUAAAGAAAUAAACACAGGUGCUGAAGUAACUGAGUCUGGAAGAGUGGUAAAAAAUGUUAAAUCUAAAAAUUGCACUCAACAUUAUAUCCUUGGGAAUGAUAAUACUGAAACAGAUCAAAAUGCAAUGGAAUAUUCUAAGAAAAUUAAAGCACUGAAAUAUUCAAAAGACUAUGACUACAAUAGUGACUCUUCAAAUGCAGAAUGUAGAGUUUUGAGAUUGAGAACAAAGAAGACAUUGAAAUCUAAUUGUAUUGAUAGAGGUUUAAGAAAAAGACAAGUAAGAGUGAACUAUAAUGAAAGUGAAAGUCAGCAAUCAAGUGAACAAUCUGAUGAUUUUAGUGAUAUGCCAGAAAAACAACAUCAGAAAAUGUGUAAAAAACAUAAGGAAGAAAAUAUUAAUACAACUGACAAAAAUGCACUUAUGCAAACAGGUAUAAAACAUAAUGAAAUAGUAAGUACCAAAAGUAAAAUUGAAAAGUCAAAACAUAAAAACCGAGUAUUAGAAGUUCCAGGAGUUAGGGCUUGUACAGAUAUGACAAAUGAAAUUCCAGAUAAAGGAACACCUGUAAAUGUGGCCAAGUUUUUGCCAAAGGAAGUACAACAACUGCAAGAUACUUGGAAUGAUUUAAACAUAGUUCGAAGGUCAAGGUUGCGCCGUUGCGAUGAUGAUUCUGUAGUUAUUAACUGUGAUGAAAAAUUGGAAAAAUGUGAAGCAUCAGGAGAAGCACAAAGUGAAUGUGAAGAUAUGAUGGUUGAUGACAGUGACACAGAUAAUGACUUGAGCAACUCACCAGUGUUUAAGUUGACAAUAAAUCAGAAAAUACAAAGGGUAAGGAGGAAGUCUCCUGUAUUUAUUAGGUCACCAAGACAAGUGUAUAAAUCAGAUGACAACUCUUCCUGUAAUAAAAAGGGAGCAAGUGAAAUUCUUACAUCAGUUUAUAGUUCUAAUGUUAGGUCUAACAACAAUGUAAGGAGAAAUUUUGUGGACAGUUUAAAGGCAAUCAAUGAUGGAAAUGCUAAUACCUCGAAAGACAUUUGUUUGGAUUCAGAGAAUGAAAUAUACAUGGAUAAACAGGAAACGUCCAUUGAUAGGACAAAUAAGUCUUGUGGUUUAGUAAAAACCCCAGAGAGAUGUCAACCAAAGAAAGAAUCAAGAAGUGGAUUUAGUGUUACACCAAGAGAGGAAAGGCGUAGACAAUGGAAACGUAAAAAUUCAGAGUCGUCCUGUCCAGAGGGGAAAAGAAGGAAAGUUGAAAAUUGUACACCAAGAAGAAGACUAUUGCAGGAUCAUUCGGAGAAAACCACUGUUUCAGGAGAAAAUGAAAAUGUUAAUGAUAAGUUUUCAUUGACAUGGUCACCUAUAAACACUGAUGACAAGAAGGAAAACUGUGAAAAAGUAAAACUUAACAGAAGCUGGAGCCUGUUGAGUGAGCGCAGUAUUUCAAAACUUUUAUCUAGUGAGGAUGACAAUGAAAAUUUUGAUGGGUUUACAAAUGAAGACAAAUUGCCUUCAGAUAUGUCAUACGAGGAACGUUCUGAGAUAGAAUUCCUUAAAGAUGAUGAACAUGAAUGGGUUGUUGAGGAUACUGAUAAAAAAUCUGAAGCGGAAAACCUUGUGAAGUAUGUUCCAGUAUUUUUUCCUUCUCCAAAUAAAACUUCAAAUUCUUCUUGGAAUGAUGCUGUUGAAGGUUAUAUAGAAAAUUCUUUGAAACAGGGACCUAACUCUUCAAUGAAGGUUGAAAAUUCAUCAGUGUAUUUUAGUUUUAAUUGUAGUCCAAGAAAAACUCCUUCCAAACAAAAUACUACGAAUCUGAAAGUUGGUAGUCACCAAAUAUGCUCUCCAGUAAGAGGUAGAGCAAGUACACCUAAAAGGAAGAAAACUGUGCCAAAGGAUGGAGUUGAAAAAGUAGAUGCUGAAAUUGAAUUUAACUUUGGAAGUCCUCACAAAGAUCGUUCAGAUUUUAGUCCACUAAGAUCAGUAAAUGGUGUAGUGAGAAACUUAUCAUGUACUCCUAAUAAAACAUCAACUCCAGUACAGAAAAAGACAAAGAGCCGAAAACAUUGAUUAGUGUAUUUUUAUAUAUAUUUUUUUAUUUUUGAUGAUUAACUCAACUGAGAAAAAGUGUCAAAAAGUUCAAAGGUUGCAACUAUUAAAUAUAUAUUACCCUAAGUAAAAAGGAAAAAUGAUCUCUAGUUUGAUUUCCAAUGUAAAGUAAGCCACAGGAGAGUAAUGUGAAAAAUGAAAUCUUUAAAAAAUCUAGUCAGAAACUUAAAGGCCCAAAGUUUUGGUAUGUAUUUUUCUGCCAUAUUGUCAUCUACCAAAUUGAUAUUACCAUGUUCCUUGGUGAAAAAAUUUGUUUCUCAAUGGAGUCACUGAUAAGUUUAUUUUUAUGCCCCCACAAAGUGGGAGCAUAUAGCGUUGCACUUGUCCGUCCGUCCCAAAAUCUUGUGACUUAAACCGGAUGGCAGAUUUUGCUGAAACUUUCAGGGAUGAACAACCUAAAUGUGUAGAUGGUCGUAAAGGAAGGAAUUUUUGCUGCGACCAAAUUUAACAGAAUUAUGGCCCUUUGUUAAUUUUUUCACUAUAUACCAUGUAGAAAUUUUGUGAACGCAACUCUUAAACCGGAUGGCAGAUUUUGCUUAAACUUCCAGGGAUGAACAACCUAAAUGUGUAGAUGGUAGUAAAGGAAGGAAUUUUUGCUUGGACCAAAUUUAACCGAAUUAUGGCCCUUUGUCGAUUUUUUUACUAUACACCAUAUACAUGUUGUCAGUGGGGGCAUCCGUGUCCUUUGGACACAGUUCUAGUUAUUUCUAAUACCAAUCAUGUUCCCAUCCACAACUUAAACAUUGGUCAUAAUUUUCAUAUUUUUAAUGCAUUUUCUUCAUACUUUGGACACAACAUCAAAUAGGACAAGACCUUCAAGUUGACCAGACUGAAUUUGACCUUUACAAAUUACUGAUAACUGGCCUUGACUUUCAAGGCCAAAUUUUUUUAAUUUUGCUAGAUUUUUUUACUAUGACUGGUUAUAACUUUGUUACGAAUGGCCAGAUUGGAUUCAUACUUGAAUGAAAUUAUGCUUAUGACAACACUGACAUGUUUAAUUUCAAAUGUGAAAUUUUGCACCAAAAAUUAAUGUUUCCUUAGUAAACCCUUAGCUUCAAUGUUUUUCUCUAAAUGUUUAGAAAUGUCAAGUUUGGCGUUUUCUCUUUUCUUACAUAUAAAUUUAUUUAAAUCUUCAUUGUCUGAAACUAUAUGGUCUAAAACUUAAAUGUUAUAAUAUUUCAAAUUGGACCUUGGCAAAAGUUAAAUUAAAUCACACCUGUUAGGGGUCAAAUUUAACCAGUGUCAAUGGUCAGUUAUAUGAAAACGUGCCAUUGAAAUUUUCUUGUCUUGAUCUUCAUGGCCUAGAUUUUAAGUACUUUUCUUGAACUUGAAAAAAUCAUGUUCAUUUGGUUAAGAUGACUCUGUCAUGGUAAAAGAUGUAUUGUGUAUAGCAUAAGCUUAGAGUGUUUAAAUCAACUGUGUCUCGCUAUGGUUCUCGGGUUUUAAAAUGAUCUAAAGGUAUUAUAACCUGUGUUAUAUAUUGUGUCAUAUCCCAAUUUGAUUUAAAGUGUUUAGGUACAAAGCAGAAUUUAUGAAUGUUAAUGUAAUGUUUGUAUGUUAAUACAUGUAGGUCAUGUUAUUAUUUGGAUUGUUAUAUGUAUUUUUU